AUGCCUAUCAAAAAUCAAACUAAUACCAAUGAAAACCGUUCGUUGUUAAAUGAAGCCGAAGCCAAACCACUGAUUCCAUCGAAUAGAUCGAAGCAGAAUGACUGGCUAACAAAACAGCUCAAACUUGUUCAUGAUAAACAUGUCAGAGCAGUGCCAGGCAAGACAUGUCGAAUUAGUUCUGAUUCCACUGCAUACCGUGUUUAG